CCCGCUGCCUGCGUCCCUUUCUCUUUCUCUAUCGACUCUCUUGCAUUUGGCCCUGUCGUCCGAGGAGCGUGGAAGAGGCACACACUCAGAGAGAGAGAGAGAGGGGGCUUCCACGGACACGACCUGCAAUUUAAACUCUUUCAGUAGUUGAACAAACAGCGGAGGGAGACUUUUAUCCAGCGCGGUGAGCCAUGCUGAGGCUGAUCUUUCUGGCCGCGCUCGCCGGCUUCUCCCGGGCCAGUGAUGUGCUCGACUACACGGAUGAUGAUUUCGAAAGCAAAAUUGGAGAUCAUGAGAUCAUUCUUGUGGAGUUUUUUGCCCCUUGGUGUGGCCAUUGUAAACGGCUAGCACCUGAGUACGAGGCAGCAGCCACACGUCUGAAAGGCAUCGUCUCUCUGGCCAAGGUUGACUGCACAUCCAACAGCAACACUUGCAGCAAAUAUGGUGUCAGUGGCUACCCAACCCUGAAGAUCUUCAGGGACGGAGAGGAAUCUGGUCCCUACGAUGGUCCCAGAACUGCAGAUGGGAUCGUCAGCUUCCUUAAGAAACAAGCUGGCCCCGCUUCUGUGGAGGUCAAGUCUGAGGCAGAGUUGGCAAAGUACAUCGGAGAUCAAGACGCAAGUGUUGUUGGAUUCUUUGCUGAUGACAAGAGCACAGCACAGGCAGAGUUCCUGAAGGCAGCCAGCGCCUUGAGGGACAACUACCGCUUCGCCCACACCAACUCCGAAGCUCUCCUCCAGGCGCACGGCAUUGAGGGAGAGGGAGUCGUCCUGUUCCGCCCACCUAGACUCAACAAUAAGUUCGAGGACAGCUCCGUCAAAUUCAGCGAGGACAAAUUCACCAGCAGUAAAAUCAAGAGGUUCAUCCAGGACAACAUCUUUGGAAUCUGCCCCCACAUGACGGACGACAACAAAGACCAGCUGAAGGGAAAAGACCUGCUGGUGGCUUAUUACGAUGUUGAUUAUGACAAAAACCCCAAAGGCUCCAACUACUGGAGGAACAGGGUGAUGAAGGUGGCUAAGAGCUUCCUGGAUCAGGGCAAGAAGCUGAACUUCGCUGUGGCCAACAAGAACAUGUUCGGCCACGAUCUGUCUGAGUUCGGCCUGGACGCAAGCUCCGGAGAACUGCCUGUGGUGGCCAUCCGCUCCGCCAAGGGAGACAAAUACGUCAUGUCUGAGGAGUUCUCUCGUGAUGGAAAAGCUCUCGAGCGUUUCCUGCAGAGCUACUUUGACGGCAAGUUGAAGCGUUACCUCAAAUCAGAGCCCAUCCCAGAGAACAACGACGGACCCGUCAAGGUUGUGGUCGCUGAGAACUUCGACUCCAUCGUCAACGACGACAGCAAAGACGCGCUGAUCGAGUUCUACGCUCCGUGGUGCGGACACUGCAAGAACCUGGAGCCCAAAUACAACGAGCUGGGAGAGAAGCUGGCCAGCGAUCCCAACAUUGUCAUUGCCAAGAUGGAUGCCACAGCCAACGAUGUGCCAUCUCCCUAUGAAGUCAGCGGUUUCCCCACAAUCUUCUUUGCCCCAGCCGGACGUAAGAUGAGCCCAAAGAAAUACGAGGGAGGUCGCGAGGUGAGCGACUUCAUCUCCUACCUGAAGAGGGAGGCUUCCAACCCCUUGGUGGUGCAGGAAGAGUCCAAGAAGAAGAAGAAGAAGAAGGACGGCAAAAUAGAGCUAUAAAAGCUCCAGACUGGAACUCAACUUCCCCCCCACCUGCAACAGGAGGAGGAUUAGGGGGAAAUCCAUGCAGAGAAAGAACUAAAUUAUAUUCCACUCUCUUAGUGAACUACCGAAUGCUCUGAAGCCAAGUCGAAAAAGACGCGGCCCUCCCUUUAGGUCCUCCGCUGCUCUGGGAAUACUGUGGAUGGAGGAGAAGUGGUGGCCAGGGCCUGCCCGAUGUUUAAAAACAAAAACAAAUUUUUAGGGAAGAGGGGGGACGGCUUUUGAAAAUUGAGAUUUUUAUUUCCCCUGGUCUGUCUACUACACCUCAGGCUGAUGCACUUUGGUUUGACACCAGUCUCCAGUCAUCUGUCGCUUUUGGUUUUGUUGUUGUCGUCGCGUCACACGGGGUUAUGGUUAUGGUGAAUUCCUCUAUUUUUUUUUUUUCUUUUUUUUUUUUUCUUUUUGUUGUUGUUUUUGUAACAC